AUCACUUCUCACGACGAAUCAACAUCUAUUCGUGAGACAACUUCUUAUAAUGAGUUUUGGGUGGGUUGGAUGGUGUUGCCGGCAGUCGUGAUGGCGGAGUUAACAACAAUGGAGGAGUGGAAGAUGACGUAAAGGGGGAACGCUGUCGAAAGUGUUUGCGUUGGUCGUUAAGUUUAUCUUCCUGAAGUUUGGCCAAAGCCGCGGCCUGCGUCAACGACUGUGGUUGCAGUGCUUGGACCUCACGGCGAAUAUCCGGGUUUAACCCGGAAAUAAAAUUACUCAACAAAAAAAUGGCAGGAAGACCAACAAUGCGAUUAGCAAGGCGUUCAAAAUCAUUUAAAUAAUCUUGAACCGUACCUUUUUGAGUCAAUUUGAAGAGAGAUCCGCGUGGGUCGUCAUAAUAAGAAGGGGCAAAUCGAACCUCCAAGGCUUGCAGAAACUCGUGCCAUGAAGGAAGCAUGUUGUUCCUGUGCAUCCACUGAAACCAGCUGAGGGCAGGACCAUCCAUGUAAAAGGAAGCUAUCCGGAGCCGAUCAUCCUCCGGCGUGCGAUGAUAUUCGAAGAACUGCGAGAUCUUAAAGAUCCAGCCCAUUGGAUCUGUUCCAUCAAAUCGGGGAACCUCCAAUUUCAGGUGGGGAGUGAACGAAUGAGGGCCAUUGUGAGGAGAACGGCGAUCGUCGGGGUGUGGAGAGGGUGGGUCACGUGUAAUGAGUUGAGAUGUAAUGGAAUCCAAUCGGGUUGUGAUUUUGUUUUGGGUGAUUGUGAGUUUCAAUAUGGCUUCUUCCAAGUUGGUAAUGGAUUUAGAACGAGUAUUGUGGUCCGUCAUGUAGGAUAAGAAAAGAGGGUUACCGUUUGGGGAAAAAAAAGUUACAGAAGAGGGAAGUCUCUCAACGAAAGCACCAAAAAUGAUAGAUAAAUUGCCUUGAUUAGAGGUCAAGGGGCCUCCUACAGAAAAGGGGAUAAAGAGAUGAUAGAAAUAUUCUUUUUCUGCUUUAUUCAUUCCUUGCUAGCAACUAUAUAACAGAAAAGUUACUAACAAACUCAUACUAAAUCCAAUAAAGCACUAACACGUCAUACACAAAUAUUCCCACAAUUUCACCCUGAAGAUCACAUCUUAAAAUCAGCUAAGUAUUUUGGCAUUUUGUAUAUCCUUGUUGAUCUGACUGGACCAGCCACCCCACUGGUCCGAUUGGGAAUGUUGGGUUCUUCUUCAUUUGGGCCUAAAAUGCUAUCAGAAUCCCCCAUCAAGUAUUUCCAGAGGGAUUAUGGAUAAUUUUAGAAGUAUUAGCGGUUCGCGUGAGGAAGGAAAGGAAGGAUUUAUUGGAAAUUUGAAGGUAAAAGUGAUCAAAGGCACAGAUUUAGCUAUCAGAGAUAUGAUGACCAGUGAUCCAUAUGUUAUCUUCACACUUGGCCAACAGACUGUUCAGACAACUGUAAUAAAGAGUAAUUUGAAUCCAGUCUGGAAUGAAGAACUUAUGCUGUCUGUUACUCGGCCAUUUGGAUUAUUGAAUUUGAAGGUAUUUGAUUAUGACUUAUUUUCAUCUGAUGAUAUAAUGGGGGAAGCAGACAUUGAUCUUCAUCCCCUGAUUACAUCUGCAAUGGCNUAUGGAGAUCCUAGCAUGUUUGAUGAUAUGCAGAUAGGAAUAUGGAUGAAAUCUCAGGACAAUGCGCUUAUAGAUGAUAGCGAAGUCAAAAUUGUUGGUGGAAAAGUUAAACAGGAGAUAUUAAUCAAGCUCCAGAACGUUGAAUCUGGAGAAUUAGAGUUAGCACUUGAGUGGAUGCCAUUAGAGUCUUGAUCAUUGGGUAAAUUACUGUUAAGUAAACUUUCCCUUUUCUUACAAAGAUUUUUCUUUUUUAAUUUUGAGCUGCAUUUGGCCAUGACAAAUAAAUAAACAUUUUUUGUUCAUUUCUCUAGUUUUUACAACUAAAUUA